AUGGUGGCAAAUGCUGAGGCACCAAACUGUCACUGGCGGUUGGAAAGAGCAGCGGGGGAGCAGUUGGAGGGGGUCACGAGAGAUAGACGUGCUGAUGGCCCAGCUACCACUACUGCGACGGAGGCCUGGGCUGGGGCAGUGGCCACUGGGGAGGAAAGGGGGCAGAUUCAGUAUAGAGGAUGGAACAAGUCCUCAGUGGCAGAAUCAAGCCUAAAAUUUGUCUGCGUUGGGGGAAGCCCCAACACAAUGAAAGAAUUUGCACUGCUUAUGCACAGGGAGCUUGAGCUGGAGGAGAGUGGAGAGGACACAAAGAACGUCUGAGCUGGGACAGACAGAUCUUGCAGGGACAGAACUUCUCCCUUCUUGGCCACGAAUCAUGGCAUUGGCAUUCCCUCCAUCUUUAUUAUGCGUAUGCUUCACAAACUCAUCAAAUUACUGCACCAUGCCCGGUGCCACGAUGUUACCAUUAUCAGAAUUGGUACAUCAGGAGAAUACUGCACCGGGUCUGUUGUAAUAGCAGAUGUGUGCACAGACUCUUUCCUUAAACCCUGGCUUGAAUAGGUAAUCUUGGACAAUAUUGCUACCUGAAGUGCCGUACUUGACAAAGACCUGGCUGAGAAGCCCCUCACCUAUGCACCCGUCCCUGAGCCAUUCCCCAGUCACGGAAGCAACCUGAGACUUUCCUCAAAGGCAGACCUCCUAGCAAGCCUCCAGGUCACGCUGUCCCUGGGCCCAGUGCUGGCUGCCAUGGCACUCAGCGGUUACUUGUUCCAGAGCCAGGGCCCUCGGCACCAUGGAGACUCCUCUCCACCUGAGACUCUUGAGCCAGGCACAGCCUUGCUCCGAGACAUCAAGCUGCCAAGUGUUCUCCAUUCCUUUUGGGCCAAUGUCUGGGAUAGAAUGCUGUGGUCCUUUUCCAGAGAAGAAAAGUUAGACUGCUUGAAGAGGGCAUAAAAAGCCGGCAUCAGGAACACUGAAACGGAAUCUGCAGUGUCCUCGGCUCCAUGUAGAAUUUGUGAUCUAAAAGCUACUAUGGUCUGUAUGACAGGUCUUGACAGACUUAAGUGUGACCAGAUCAGCUUGCCCCAUGGUGUUCUAUCAGAGUACCAAGAACAGCAUCAGCCCCUAAUCUCCAACUUCAUCAAACAGCAGCUUAGAUUUCACGACCAGAUGUCAUAA